UUGACUAUCUUCUGCAGGCAGCAGAUCCAAUCGCUCAAGCUCAGCAGCCACAUAAACAAUGUUUACAAACUACACCAGCGCUAUGUGAUGGAUAUAAAGAUGUCCCAGACUUCACAUACAAUUUUAUAAGCUCAGCCAUGGACAUGUUUAAUAAAGUGACGGCUUUUCUGCAGCAGGCCUUGGAAACAAGGGAGCCUUCGAUAAACCUGCUGGACUCUUUUGUGGAUCACUGGAAAGCAAUAGCAAACUAUUACAUCGAAACUACAGAUGAGUCUCGCCAGGUGAAGCAGACAGACAUCCCAUGGUGCCUCAGACAGAUGCUGGACAUCCUGGUGUAUGAGGAGAAACAGAAGGGAGAGGAAACGGGUCCCUGCAUGGAGUACCUGCUCCAGCACAAAUUACUAGAGACUCUUUGCACACUGGGAAAAGCACAGUAUCCUCCUGGCAUGAGUCAACAAGUGAUGUUGUUCUUCUCUAAAGUCCUGAGCCAGAUUCAAAAACCUGUGCUGCAUUUAAUCAACGUCUAUCGGCCCGUACAGAAGCUGAUCGAUUUAUGUGGACUCCCUGAUUCAAAGACUGAAACAGAGGAGUCUCAGUUUUUAUUUGCUGUUUGCACUCGCGUCAAAAAAGACCCUUAUGUCUUAAACUAUAUCCUUGAGAUUAGCAAAGACUCUCAGAAGAGGUGCAGCUCUACCUCAGACGAGGCUGUGGAGGAGGGCUGCAGUCCUGAGAGGACUCCCUCGUCCCGCAGCGGAGCUCAUGCCUCCAGCUCACCUCAGACAGCCACAGGCAUUAUCCCUGUACUCAUGCACCUGGGGAAGAGUCAGAAAAGUCGUGUUGUGCUCCGAUCCAUGGAGAGUCUGUUGCUGCUGGUCAGUUCACCUCAGGAGGACACUGGUCAUCUUCUGGCUGAGGGAACGCCACUGUGUCACCUCCUCGCUCAGAGACUGACUGAACUUUACUGCCUCAUACCCUCAUCACUCAACCCUGCAGACAUUCACAGCUACGCCGGCGCACAGUGGAGGGAUCAUUUCACACAGGACAGUCCAGAGGAGAGAGAGUCGUUUCCUAGCAGUGAGAACGUCCAGGAGUUCUUCUGUUUUUUGGACUACUGCAAUGAGCUCACCAAGGAAGCACCAAGGGUACUUGGUGUUAGAAUGGCCAGAGCAAUUCACCUUCAGUGGCUUAAAGGAGUCAUUCAGCCUCAACUGCUUCAGAUGUCAGAGGCUGGGAUCCUGGUACACACUGCUUUGCUGUCCUGUUCUGUACGUCACAUACAUUCUCCUGCACUCCUGGAAGAACUGGUUCAGUUUCUGCUGGGCAGCGACACACAUUGUGAAAAGCAACAGGACACACACACACACAUUCUACGUUACCGCCUUAUUGAACACUGCAACCACAUCUCAGACGAGAUCAGCAUCACAACCUUGCGUCUCUUUGAGGAGCUUCUACAGAAGCCCAGCAAGAGCAUCUUGACCAAUCUGCUGCUGCGUAAUCUUGAGAAGCGCAGCUACAGGCUGCCCGGGUCAGGGGUCACCGACGAGAGACAUGGAGUCGAGAGUGAUGUUCUGGAAGAGUCUGAGGAGCUGGAAGAGGAUCCCUUCUUCACAGACAUGUAUGAAGACAGUGGGUUUGGCAGCCAGGAGCCUCUUCUGUCUCUGCCCAGUGUCAGAGAGAGACAUAAUCCCAGAGCGCACACACAAGUUGCAGACGUCGUCAACAGCUUCUUGUGUUUAGUGCCCCAAGAGGCAAAAACAUCACAUCUGGUGCAGGGAGCAGGAUAUGACACCUACGUUCAUGAUGCACACAAACUGUUAAAAGAAUGUAUUGCUCUUUCACGGGACUGGAACUGGCCAGAUUCUGUCAAAACCACUGAACCCAACCCAGCUACAGACUUCUAUGAAGGGCACUUCUUACAAAUCCUGUUCGACAGGAUUGCACGCAUACUAGAGCAGCCAUAUGAGCUGAAUCUGCAGGUGACGUCAGUUCUGUCCAGAUUGGCUGUGUUUCCUCACCCUCACCUGCACGAAUACCUGCUGGACCCGUACAUCAGCCUGAGCCCUGGGGCGCGAUCACUCUUCUCCACAUUAGUCAGGGUGAUCGGGGAGCUAAUGCAGAGGAUCCAACAGAUCCACAAUGUGACAGACAGACUGAUGAUGAUCAGGAGACAGCUGAUGGGACUGGAGGAGGAGACUAUGUUGGAUCAUGUGACCCUGCUGAAGGGGGUGAUAGUUCUGGAGGAGUUCUGCAAAGAACUGGCUGCCAUUGCAUUUGUCAAACUCCCCAUAGAAGAGCAGUGAACCCAUGAUGCUGAAACCAAAGACAAUACAAAGGAUCAGCACCCAACAUUAGUUGAAUGGCUCCAUCACUGGGAGAAAAUAGAUUUGCACAGAGCUGAGUUAAGUGGCAAUAUUUAUAGAUAUACAGGUCACUUUUGUCGAAUGUUGUCAGGGAGGAGUCAACCUGUCCAAUGUCAGGUUU